AUGUAAAACACAAUGUAAGAUACACAGCUGAUCUGUUCGCGCUGCAACCUUUAAAUAUCUGAAAAUGCGUCGCAGCCUGGCGCCGAGCCAACGGGUAGGACAACGACCCGACUCCCGGAAUGAUUUUACGCCACCACUGCUCAAGAAAAACAAACGCGCUUGCCAACAGCAGCUGGAACAGGAUCGCAUACGCCAGAGCGGCUUGCGGGGUGCCACCAACACAUCGGACAUACCACUGCCCAUACGAUUCACAGCCAAUAGCGAGUAUGAAAGGGCAAUUGCCAAAGUGUUGGCCAGGAAAUUCCAAGUGCCCAUUGACAACUAUGUGCCGGAUUAUGGCGGGAAUCGUUGUCUUGGCGUGCGUCGCUGCAUAGUGAGACGGCCGCUGCACGAUCCGCUGGCCUGCAAUGCCUUAGUUCUGUACCAUGCACCCAACUACACGGAGAACGAACGGUUGUCGAUGGAUCCGACAUCAGUUAAGGUACAUGUUGUGGUGGAUCCCCUGCUGAGCAAUGUUUUGCGUCCCCAUCAGCGCGAGGGCGUCCGCUUCAUGUACGAGUGUGUGGAGGGAAAGCGAGGAAACUUCAAUGGCUGCAUAAUGGCCGAUGAAAUGGGUCUGGGCAAGACCCUGCAGUGCGUGACGCUGGUGUGGACGCUGCUGAAGCAGAGCGCCGAUUGCAAGCCCACGAUCAACAAGUGCAUAAUUGUAUCGCCCUCGUCGCUGGUUAAGAACUGGGAGAAGGAGUUCACCAAGUGGCUGCACGGCCGCAUGCACUGCCUGGCCAUGGAGGGUGGCUCCAAGGAGAACACCGUGCGAGCCCUCGAACAGUUCUCUAUGAAUGCCUCCACGCGGCUCGGAACGCCCGUGCUGCUCAUCAGCUAUGAGACCUUCAGAAUCUACGCAGAAAUCCUCUGCAAGUACGAGGUGGGCAUGGUCAUCUGCGAUGAGGGACAUCGGCUGAAGAACAGCGACAAUCUCACCUACCAGGCCCUGAUGGGCCUCAAGACAAAGCGACGCGUCCUGCUCUCUGGCACACCCAUACAGAACGAUCUCACGGAGUACUUCAGUUUGGUGAACUUUGUCAAUCCGGAGAUGCUCGGCACGGCAGCGGACUUCAAGCGCAGCUUUGAGAACUGCAUUCUGCGUGGCCAGAACGCUGACUCCACGGACAAGGAACGAGAACGAGCCUUAGCGAAAACCCAGGAGCUGAUCAAGCUGGUCGAUCAGUGCAUCAUUCGGCGCACCAAUCAAAUACUCACCAAAUAUCUGCCCGUCAAGUUUGAGAUGGUAAUCUGUGCCACGCUGACGUCCAUCCAGCUGCAGCUCUACACGAAUUUUCUCAAAUCAGAUAAAGUUCGGCGUAGCUUGGCAGAUUGCAAUGAGAAGGCUUCACUCACGGCUUUGGCAGACAUCACAACCCUAAAGAAAAUAUGCAGCCAUCCAGAUUUGAUCGCAGAAAAGAUUGCAGCAGGGGAAAAGGGCUUUGAGAACUCGCAGAAUAUACUCCACAGCAACUGCAAGCAUAAAGGUGAAAUCAACCCUGCGCUGAGUGGAAAGUUCAUGCUGCUCGACUUUAUGCUCGCCGCCAUACGUGCAAGUGGCAACGAUAAGGUCGUGCUCAUUUCAAACUAUACACAGACUCUAGAUCUGUUUGAGCAACUGGCGCGCAAGCGCAGAUAUGGAUUUGUGCGCCUAGACGGCACAAUGUCCAUAAAGAAACGCUCGAAAGUUGUGGACAGAUUCAAUGACCCGGAGUCUGACUGUUUCCUCUUCAUGCUGAGCAGCAAGGCGGGCGGCUGUGGAUUGAAUUUGAUAGGAGCCAAUCGCCUGUUCAUGUUCGAUCCGGACUGGAAUCCGGCAAACGAUGAGCAGGCCAUGGCCAGAGUGUGGCGUGAUGGCCAAAAGAAACCCUGCUACAUCUAUCGACUUGUGGCGAGCGGUUCCAUUGAGGAAAAGAUUCUGCAGCGGCAGACCCACAAGAAAUCCUUAUCCAGCACAAUCAUCGACAACAACGAGUCGUCCGAGAAGCAUUUCACGCGCGACGACCUCAAGGAUUUGUUCAGCUUUGACCCAAACAUUCUGUCCGACACGCACGACAAACUCAAAUGCAAGCGCUGUGUUGGCAAUGUACAAACUAAGUCGCCGCCGGAGGACACGGACUGCACCUCGCAUUUGUCGCAGUGGUAUCAUUGCUCCAAUAAUCGUGGGCUGCCAGACGACAUACUUGCCCAAGCCUGGACGGACAGUAAAUGCGUUUCGUUUGUUUUUCAUCAUCGCUCUCAGUCGCAGGCAGUUGCAGCGGAAACACCAGUGGAGGUUGAGGCGAAACCAGAGAGCCAACGACGAAAGCGUUCAGCGACGCCGCUGAGCGAUGACAGUGCUGAUGAGGAUUUUGUUGGUUUCUAGCGAUUGUUUCACAUUUAUUUGUAUCUCUCAAUCUGCUGCUC